AUGUCCGAGGGACCACAUUGGUUGAUCACCAUCGAUGGACUCCUAGAGGAACAUGGUGCGUUCGACCGACAGACGUCGAGGGACGCGGAUCGCAAAGAGAUCGAUCCACAUGCAGAGUGGUUACACACCAAGCCCAGCGCCAGAUUUCGCGGCGAGCUGGAGGCGUUCUGUGUCAUCAACGACGAGUUUACAGCAAAGACACUUUCGAAAUCGUUCGGAUUUCAAAGCAAAGAAGUUUGUAUUUGCGAGUUGGGAACAGAAGGCACGCUUCCAGUGGAUCAUGGCAAUAUCUUCGCAAGGGGGCGCCUGUCAGCGGGCAUUCCUUACCCUCCUCCUCUUGUUCUAUCAGGAAGCUCGGAGGAAUACGCCAAACUUCUUGACAGGGUUGAAAGGAGAACGACCGAAGAAUCAGAGAAGAGGGAAAAGGAAGAAAAGGAGAAGGGAGAGAAGGAAGAGGAGGGGGCAGAGGGAGAAGGAAGCAUAGGAGACAUGGGGUGUGAAGAAGUAGCGCCUCAGGGAAUUAUUAUUGUUGACGGAUAUACUUCCCCUAAGGAGCAGGCAUGCAGUGAGUUCUUCUUCCGCGAGCAAGAGAGCAUAUCCGACGCGCUAUUCCCCCGUCCGAUCGAACAAGUUUCCCAGGCCGGUCGUUCCGUCACCACCAACAGGGCUCGAAGAGUUGAUCCCAUCGACCUCAAUGCACGGCCCGCACUCGAAAAGUCCGCAGCACAACACACUUCCAGCGCGGCUACGCACUCCCUCUUGGCCUCAAAUGUCUCUCCAGUCUUCGACUCAAUCUGUUGACCGUCCUUAUAGAUGAGACUCACGGCAAAGACAUGACAGCUGAGACAGUACUGACCGAUCUUAUCAUCCACAGCAACGGCUGGAAAGUGCUCUAGUACGACACCACGUCCGCUUAUUCGCUCCGCUACAGUGGUAACUGAGGCGAAAAUGAAAAAUCCAUUCGGCUAUGCACUCGUCCC